ACUCACCACGACUUGACGAGACGACUGUCGCGCCCUGCUUCGAACACGCCAACCCCCCUGCUUUUCAUUCAGUUUUCGGCGCAGAGCGGUUCGCUCACGCCCCACGCGCCCAAGCCCAACCCACCGCCGUCCUCCCUCACAAUCCCCCCGUUCCCAACCCAAAACACUCGUUUCAUCCGCGGCGAUUCCCCAUCUCCUCCGCGUGCCGCCGGGGAGCGCUCGAUUCCGGCCGUCGUGGGUUCUCCUCACCUGAUCACAUAAAUAUAGAAGAAUUUUGCAUCCUUCCUUGACCAAUGAUACAAAUCUCACUGUGUUUAAAUGCAUGGUCUUGAAAUGUCUAUCCUUAUCAUUGUUUAGGCCUACUUGAUCUUCCGCAUAGCACAUAUAUGAGCCAGUUAGCUGGUGCUUGCAUCACGAAAUGAUCCUUAAUCAGUUGCACAGAAGAGAAUCAACUUAGCUAAGGUGGAAUUACUAUCUCUGCGAGGAAAGUUCCAGUGUUUUUUUCUGUUCUACAAACAGCAUAAAAUUUCCACCUCAGUCAGAUAGUCACCCAACUAAAUUGAGAUAUUAUGGAUUACAACGAAGCUUGCAAGGGAUCAUUCGAAUCUGAAAGUUGUGAGAUUGGCAAGAUUGGAGUGGCAAAAAUUGAACAUUAUGAAUCUGAACUAGAAGAAGGUGAGAUCAGAGAGGCAGAUGAGGCAUCCGGAUUAGAAAGCCCUAUCCAGAAUGGCACAGCUGCAAAUGCUGAACAGCAGCAGGUCCGUAUAAGGCAAUCAGCUUCACCGCAAAGAGCUUCUCAUAAUGUAGAGACUGCAGGUAUUGUGGUUUUGCAACACAGAGUGAUCCACGAACACAUGCCUCCAAGCAUUGUACGCUCAUUUGUGCAAGAUACGAUUGAAAAGGAGCAGGCCCUUAUGAGGCCAUCAACUUCACCUGAAAGAGCUUCCUGUGAAGGCAGGACUGCAGGUAUUAAUUUUGUGCAGCAGUGUAAGUGUAGUGCAAUCCGCGAGAACAUGGCUGCAAGUCUUAAAGAGUCGAGCACAUCUUCUCAAGUGGUGGUUGAAGAGGAGUCAUCAACUUCAGCUGAAAGAGGUUCUCGCCUUGGAGGGACUGCAUGUACUGCUGUUGUGCAACAAUCUAAGUAUGCUGCAUCUGAGGGCCGAUAUGUUAAUGUGAGUCAGUCAACUUUGCAUAGAAAAUGUGGGAACCACCGUCGAAGCUAUUCACCAUCUAUCUAUAGUAGUUCAAAAGAAAGGCAUAAGAAAAGGAAGGAAGGAUGUUUUAGAUACUAUGAUUCCCAUUGGGUCACGAAAAUGAUUGAGGAAGUUUGUUCAGAAAGGUCCAAAACACUACUGUCACGGCAGACUGUAGAUCGGAAGAAAUUCAACAAUGAGCAAAAAAAGAAGAAGAUAGAAUUCUUCCAAAAACAUGUGAAUUCUUAUAAAUUCCAUCAUGCACAUGUUGCACCAACUAUAAGAUAUUGCAGGAUGAUGUUGCCUAAGCUACAUUCCAGCAUGUUGCACUACAGAUUUCAUCGACAUAUGAUAUCUCAGCUGAUAAAAUUUUAUAAACAGCUUAUAUGUGACAGGGACAAAGAGAACAGAAUAAAAGAGCGCUGGAUAUUUGAGGCCAAAGCUGGCUACCUUAAGAAAUGGUUUUAUGUGACUAACUUGUCAUAUUCUAAAUUCAAGCCAGAGGAACUAGAAAGCUGUAUGGUUGACUAUUCAGAUGGUGAACAGCAUCUAAAAUAUUUUGACAUGCAAUCUAUAACCACUCAAAUUGAAGCAAUUGCCUCUAAUAAAGAACCUAGAGGCACCUUUGCAACUGGUAUUACUGUGCCCAAUCUAGAAAAUUCACCAUCAUCGCUUGAAACAAAUGAACAUACAAAGCUCGGGUUUUCAGUUGGUACAGCAGAAGAAAUGGCCACCUUAGAAAGCAGGACUUCACAGUACACCUGUGCUCCCUCCAUGGAGUUUUGUCAUGAAAAUCAGACACAAACUACCUUCCCGGCAGCAGAUAAAAACGAGGGAGGAGAUGUGGAGAAACCCUCUGCUUGCCAGCUUGACGUGAGUGCAGCACUAGAACCUGCUGAGACACUGACAACAGGUAAGGCAAGUGAUGAUUGUGAGCCUAUUCUAGAACACUCGCAAUUGCUGCUUGUAACGAAUGAAGCUACAAAGCCUGGGUUUUCAGUUGGUGUAUCAAAAGAAAUGGCUACCUUAGAAAGCAGCUCCUUGCAGGUAACCAGUGUGUCAGGAAUGGAGUUUCGUGAAAAAGAUGGGACCCAAAUUAUCUUCUCAGCAGCUGACAGCAAUGAGGAGCGAAACACGGAGAGCCCCUGUGCUUCUCGGUUUGUCACGAGUUCAGCAUCAGGACUUGCUAUUGCAGUGAGCGCUGAUACAGAAAAUGCUGCCCCGAUUUCUAGAGAAAAACGAAGGUACAUGUGUUCUAGCAAUGAUAUUUCAGAAGGUCCAUGUAGGUCAGGGAGAAAGUUAGGUGAAAAAGAUGGGACACACAUCUCCUUCUCACCAGCAACACAAAUUGCCUUCUCAAUAGCAGCACAAAACGAGGGGGAAACCAUGGAGAGCCCCUGUGGUUCUCAGUCUGUCAUGAGUUUAGCAUCAGAACCUACUAUUGCAGCGAGCAAUGGUACAGAAAAUGCUGCCUCGAUUUAUAGAGAAAAACGAAGGCGCAUCGGUUCAGGCAAUGAUGAUAUUUCAGAAGGUUCAUGUUGCAGGCCAGGGAGAAAGUCUGGUGAAAAAGAUGGGACACAAAUCACCUUAUCACUAGCAACACAAAAUGAGGGGGGAGACAUGGAGAGAUGUUGUGCUUCUCAUUCUGACGCAGAUACGGCACUAAAACUUGUGAUGACAGUGAACACUGAUUCACAAAAUGCUCCAUCUGGUUCUAAUGAAAAGCAAAAGCACAUAAAUUCAGGCAAUAAUAUUUCAGAAGGUUCAUGUUCUAGGUCCGAGAUAAUGCCUACCUCGAACCUUUUCAGAACAACAUUGCCUCAAGAGGAACCUCCAGCUGCAAGAUCACCUCCACCUUCAAGUGAUAAUAGACAAGUGGUUCAAGCCGAGGAUAUAAGCGGCGAGGAAGUACCUAGUAGUCAAGUACCUUCCUUUGCCCAAGUUACCGAGCAGCCAAACAUGCACUUCAAUACCCAAAGUGUGAUAAACCAUCACCAUUUCGGUUCAACUUGCCAGUUUGCUAGUCCUCCAUAUCAACCACCUUGUAGGGAUACGCAUUCAGCAAGAAUUGAGGCUGACAGUGUUGGGGCAUCACAUGUUCAUCCAACGUCAGCCAAUCAGGUGCCAACAGGCUCCACUCCUGGGCUUCGUCUGGCUGAAGAUGUGUUUGAUUCAAAUCACAGUCCUGGGGCAUCACAUGUUCAUCCAGCUUCAGCCAAUCAGGUGCCAACAGGCUCCCCUCCUGGGCCAUCUUUGGCUGAAGAUGGGCUUGACUUGAAUCUAUUUACCAUUGAGUUGAGUCGAUUACAAAAGUUGGCUGAUCUGAUGACAAAGAGGCAUCAAGAGAAGAUAGAACGGUUUAAUUUGGCACGUGAAAUAGAGUUGGCUCAAGCUAAAAGGAAGUAUGACGAGCUGGAAUAUAAUUUAGAGGUAGAAACAUUACAGCGAAAGAGAGAACUUAAGAUAAAAGCUGAUAAAAUUUACAAACAGCAGAUAUUGGCUGAGGUAUUACAGGUUAUAUUUAAGGCUUCUGCUAGAGUUGUUCCAGACAGUCCUAGAGGUAAAUAUCUUUCAUACAUCUUAACUCGGUUUGUUAAGAUACAGUUACUACCUUGGCAUUGACAUAUUAUUUCUUUGAUUUUGUAUCAAUUAGUUGAAGGAAUUUAUUAUUGGUAAUAUAGGGGGAAGCAUAAGGACAUCAUAAAUGAUAAAUUGAUCAAGUUAUAUGCGUUAUUACUUAGUAGUUCUCACUCUGGCUUGUGUACAUUCUGUUAUCAUUUAGUUUUCCAUGUAUAUAGUUAUUAUGUACUCCCUCCAUCCGGGUUUAUUUGGCCCGUGAGCAGUUUAGCCUCGUCCCUUCCUAUUAGGCCCCGUAAUUUACUCCGCAUGGAAAGUGCAGUUUUCUUCCUCGAUCUUUCUUCUGUUUAUGCGUGACUCAAGGUGAUUAAUUAGGUUGUUGAAUAAAUAAAAGGAGAGAAAUUAGUAGCCAACGCAUGCACGCCCACGAACAACUCCACAUUAACUGUUGUAGCUAAUUACGGAAGGAGAAAGGCCCUUCCACUUUAAUCAGACACAGAUCACCAAAAUGUUAUGGGAGUAAUUGUCCUGCCUUGGUCCUAGUGUUUUUGCCGCUGGGUCUAAUAAACCCGGACGGAGGGAGUACUAAGUAUAACCACGUGCCCUUGUGGUCUUGUGCAAGGUUCUUAUUAUUGGAAAUAUUUUCCACUCCAGGGACUGGGAAUUCGAUCUGUUACCCCAUGUCCCAGUGACCUUUUCCCUAUGACCCAAAUAUUAAUUCAUUCUUGGAAGUGGCAAAAUCCAACAUUUCCCUCAUUGAGCUGAACAAAUUCUUACUUUUUGUCAC